CGACAACAACAUAAUGAGCACUCCAGCCAUCCCAAUGGACGUCCCCUCAAAGCCCCGGGGCCGCCGCGGCAAAGAACUCACCCCCCGAAAUACGCACCCACAUCUGCGAACUCCGCAGCAUUGCGUGGUCCUACAGAAAAAUCCAAGAUAGCCACUCCACCAUCCCACUCCAAACCAUCGUCUCGACCCAUCCGAAAGGAGCACGACCGCGUCGGCCAGAAAUCCAAACCGCGCAGCGGCGCACCGAAGAAGACCACAGAGGAUAAGUGCGAUCGGGUGGUCGAGAUCCCGAAAUUUAGGGAGGCGGGUUUCAAGUCGAAGAAUCAAAAUAAGCAGUGUGGGAGGGCGGUGAUGUUGACUUUGAGGGAGCUGAUGUCGGAGGUUCCUUGACGAUAGCUCCGUUAUUCUGCCACCGCCAGCCGCCUUCCAAGCCUUGGGAGGUGGCUUUAACGGCAGCAGCGUCACCAAAGCUUGCACUGCCCCGGAUCAGAUUACUGGAUAAUAACGCUUUGUUUGAAGCUGAAAAGAGGGUUCCUUUCAUAAAUAUUGGUACAUAAGGAAGACCACCUCAAAUCCUAAACGACACUUUCUACACGAUAACCUAGCUUCCACAAACAGACGCACCUACCUGUACCUGAACAGCCAUCCAACCAGGCCACCCAACCAGAUCGCCUUUCAGCAGGACAACACCCCAGCCUCUAGGCCCCCGCCCACACCGCCCACGUCACCAAUGUGUUUCGGCCGCGACCUCAAGGGCGACGGCGUCCAAGAAGACGCCCUCAACGCCCGUCCCGUGUCAGCUCCCAAAGCCGCCGCAAGAGCCACCAGCAUGUCGUACGACGCUCCCUCCGGCCCGCCGCCGAACUACUCGCAUCUGGGCUCAAACAAUCCCUACGCUCCCUCGAACGGACUUUCCGGCCCGCAGAGGACGCUGGACGAGUAUGAGGCGCCUUCUGGACCGCCGCCGGGACGCGGUGAUGGUGGGUACGCACCGCCGUCGGGGCCUCCGCCGGGACAUGGUGAUGGUGGGUAUGCGCCGCCGUCUGGACCGCCGCCGGGGCGUGGAUAUGAUGCCCCGAGUGGUCCUCCACCUUCGCAGGCGCGGUAUGAGGCACCAUCUGGACCUCCUCCCUCCCACGUAGGCGGUUACGAACCACCUUCCGGACCUCCUCCUUCCCACAUCGGCGGUUACGAACCACCAUCUGGACCUCCCCCCUCCCACGGCGGCUACGACGCCCCCUCCGGCCCUCCUCCUUCUCACCGCGGAUACGACGCUCCUCCCGGGGCCCCUCCCUCGCACAGCUACGACGCUCCUCCCGGCCCUCCCCCUUCCAAAAAGCUAGAAGAAGCAGCUCCAUACCACGACUGGCAAGCUGCAGUCCCCGACACCUCUCUCCUCCCCCCACCCCCCUCCUUCGGCGAAGACCGCAGCGCCACCAACAACGCUACCGAAUCCGAAGCCGACCGCGGUGAAACCUGGUGCCGCGCGCGCCCCCUCAUCGCCCCUGCAAACCUCACCCAAGCCACCAUCAGCGCCGUCGAGGACGGGUUCGUGGACCUAAUGCGCCCGUCGCAGUAUGUGGGGACGGUGCAGAAAACGCGCAAGGGGACGUGGGUGUGCGCCUCGAAGAAGAAGUCGCCGGAUAGCUGUCUCGUGUCCACUGUGCCGCUUUAUAGCGUGCUGGCUCACUCACCCGUGUCGCUAAGGCGGUCGAAGACGAUCUACUUCGAAGUCGCGAUCUCGCCGCGCAACCGCAGCGAGGUCAGCGUGGCGCUGGGGUUUGUAGCGCAGCCGUUCCCGCCGUUCCGCCUGCCCGGGUGGGAGAGGGGGAGUCUAGGUGUGCAUGGGGAUGAUGGGAAUAAGUAUAUCAACGACUGCUGGGGCGGGAAGGGGUUCACGGACCCGUUUAAGCCGGGAGAGACGAUUGGGCUGGGGAUGGUGCUGAAGCCGAAGAAGUCGGAGGCGCCGCCGUCGUAUGGGGAGCCGCAGCCGAGAGAGGUGGUGGAUGUGGAGAUCUUUUUGACGAGGGAGGGGGAGAAGGUUGGGCAGUGGGAUCUGCACGAGGAGGCGGAUGCGAGUCAGGAUCGGCCGGUGACGGGGUUGGAGGGGGGACAUGAUCUUUUUGCGGCGGUGGGGACGUUUGAAGAGGCAAUGUUUGAGGUGAGGUUUGAUUCAAAGGAUUGGAUGUAUGUGCCCUCGUUUUAAGUCUACGGAGUCUACUUGCGAGACGAGAAGCGAGAGGGAUAAUAUGAGAUUGGAAUAGACUAUAUAUUACAGGUUUACUUGUCUCUUCUGGCGGCGGCAGUGCCGUCGGGGGCUUUAUCACAAUUGAAAAGCUUACAUGUCACUACUUCCUCUCCUUCAAAUAUACGCUUCCAAGGUUCACAGAAACUGCCUUUUUGAUGCGCGACCUCCGAUACGCUAAAGACUAUCUCUUAGGUUCUCAUCAUAGCCGUACCAGGCUGGCAUCUUAUGCCACGAACAAGCGCUUGGUGGUUCCCUCACGAUAAACCUUGAGAGAGUUGAUCAACCAAUAUGCCUCCGUAAACGCCGACGGAUUCUGGGCAACAUAUUCCUUGCAAGUGGCAGCCUUUGCACUGCACUCGGGGAAUGAUGACCACACGUUUCCACUACCAUGAUUGAUAUUGAAUAUAAAGCGGUUGCUCUUAAAGUGCGUGGCGAAGUCGCAGCCACCAGAGUCCACAAAGUACGUCAACGGCUUCCCCCAAGUCGUCGGAUCCGGUGUUCCCGCCGUGAUAUCCGCCGGGAUGCUGGCGCGGGGAAAGAACCAAAUCGCAAUCCCCUUCGUUGUCCACUGUGUGGCAUACGCGCCACCCUUGACAGCGUUGAAUUCAUCACCAUAGGCUUGGGUAUCUGUCGUCGACUGGGAGCAGCCAGUAUUACAAUUCGCAUUAGUGAGGACCGAUCCCGCCGCCGACCCCGUAUUGGCGACCGUGCAGCCCGUCCCGCUAUGCAAAGUGAUAAUAGGAGU